AUGUUUCCUCUAAAUCAAAGAAUAUUCCUGUUAUUGGUCAAACUUUUAAAAGUAACUGCUGAAUAUUUGCAAUGCUCUUGGAAAUCAUCUUCAAAUGGUCUACGGGUAGCCUGGCGUUAUUUGUAUGCUCGUUUUUUAAUAUUUGUAGCCGAUAUGGGUGAGGAGACGGGAAUUUUAGCAUUUAAGCUAAUGGUUAAUCGAAAUUUGCAUAUAUUUGAGAGGUUAUUUUGGCUAUUCACAUUUAUUGGUUCUAUCUAUGGAGCUCUUGAGAUAUCCACUUUACAACUAUCACGUUUUCUCAAAUCGCCAACUGUCAUUUCGGUGGAUCGUAAUUAUCGAGAUUGGGUUGGUUAUAUGCCUGCUAUCACGUUGUGCUACUAUGAUCACAUUGAUUCGUACAAAGCUAAUGAAUUUAUAUUGGAAAAUUGGAAUGUCUCAAUUGUGGAUGAGGAUUAUUUCUAUUACAUGGAUUUUCUGUAUGCAGUGGUCAAUGCUAGCGCCAGUAAUUAUGUGGAUUUGGCUAAAUUUGCUGAGGACAAACGUUUCGACGAUGUGGAUUUGUAUGAUUUGAUACAGGCCAUAGAUAGGCCAUUUGAACAGAUUAUCAAUACAUAUGAGGGGAACUUUGAGGUACCCGUGAUGUCGGUUAUGACCGAGAGAGGAUCAUGUUAUGUCAUCAAUUCAUCGAUGGGUGAAGUAUUGGCAGGAAAGUAAGGAAUCUCUUUUGAUGACUUGAAAAAACCUUUGCAGUGUCACUUUGGCAAACAACAGUGUUUCAUAAAAAUUGAUCUUUUGGAGAGUACAGGAAUGAUUGAUGUCCAUUCUCCCUUUGAAAUCUCCUCAUCGGAUUCUAGUAACAUAGCAUUACACAAGUCUGAUGAAAUUGUGGCCUCCUACAAAGUUUUGGAAACAGUGGCAUCGACAAAUUUACGAAGCCUGAAUGUUGAUCAACGCAAGUGUGUAUUUCAUGAUGAGGAAACUUCAGAACUCAAAAUUUAUAGUAAGUCGGUAUGUUUGGCUAAAUGUCGGGCUACCAUGGCCGUUGAAAUGUGUAAUUGUGUACCCUUCUUUUAUACUUUUCUGGAUGGUCCCAGCUGCAAUCCGGCUGGUUUUGAAUGCCUCUUGGACUUUAAGUGGCCCGUUUGGGCUUUGCAUAUUUGCAAAUGUCCCAAUACAUGCAUAGAAAUGGAAUACACCAUACACACUUUGAAGAAGAGCUCUUGGGGUGGUAGUACCCUGGAUGAGACUAAGACAGAUGUGGUUACAUCCAGUUUCAGAUGGGAUCUGAUUCCACCAAAAGUAAGAAUGCGCCGUGAUGUUGUUUUCAGUUUUGAAGAUUUGCUAGUAUCAUUUGGUGGCACCAUGGCACUUUUCUUGGGCAUCAGUUUCAUUUCCAUCAUAUCUUUUGUCUAUUCGCUGGUUCGCCAUCUCUCUGUGGAUUUCUUAAGUCUCUCAAAGUGUAUUUAUCGCUCCUGCAGAAAAUUAAGCAGAAGAUUGGAAAAUCGUCGAAGAAUGCAGACCAUGCUGGAACGCAACCUGUUGGAGGUGAGACCCACAAAGAGACUUUCGCCUAUUGACAGUGUCAAAAAGAGACGGGAGCUUCUGUUGAAACUGCGUUACAAAGAUUCCGAUGGUGCUUUGGAUGUGGAAAACAUUGAUGAUGAUGGCGAAGAGAUGAUAAAUGAUGGCAAUCCAAGUUCUUUAUAUGAGUUUUUGAAUUGA